GUCCUGUUAGCUUUCAUGACCUGGGAAACUCGAAGCCAGUCACCCGAGGCGUGUCCCGCCUUCCCCGGCACUUCGCCUCCUCAAGGUGGCGGCGGGAGCGACAAUCCGAGCGCGACACGCGCGGCGCUCUGGGAGCGGAAGAAGGAGCCCCGCGGCGGCGGCCCAACCGGAAGAGGAGGGGCCGGGCCUGGAGGAUCCCCGAGAAUCGUUGUUGCCCUGGCCGUCGGUGUUUGCGGGUCGCGGGGAGCAGGGCCUGGCGGGCGGGGUGUGUCGCGAUGCCGGAGCUGGCGGUGCAGAAGGUGGUGGUCCACCCCCUGGUGCUGCUCAGUGUGGUGGAUCAUUUCAAUCGUCCCUUUUGAUGAAGACGACAAAGAUGAUUCUGUCUGGUUUUUAGACCACGAUUAUUUGGAAAACAUGUAUGGAAUGUUUAAGAAGGUCAAUGCCAGAGAAAGAAUAGUUGGGUGGUACCACACAGGCCCUAAACUACACAAGAAUGACAUCGCCAUCAAUGAACUCAUGAAAAGAUACUGCCCUAACUCAGUAUUGGUCAUCAUUGAUGUAAAACCAAAGGACUUGGGACUGCCCACAGAAGCAUAUAUUUCGGUGGAAGAAGUUCAUGAUGAUGGAACUCCAACCUCAAAAACAUUUGAGCACGUGACCAGUGAAAUUGGAGCAGAGGAAGCUGAGGAAGUCGGAGUUGAACACUUGUUACGAGACAUCAAAGACACUACAGUGGGCACCCUUUCCCAGCGGAUCACAAACCAGGUUCAUGGUUUGAAGGGACUCAAUUCCAAGCUUCUGGAUAUCAGGAGCUACCUGGAGAAAGUGGCCACAGGCAAGCUGCCCAUCAACCAUCAGAUCAUCUACCAGCUGCAGGACGUCUUCAACCUGCUGCCAGAUGUCAGCCUGCAGGAGUUUGUCAAGGCCUUUUACCUGAAGACCAAUGACCAGAUGGUGGUAGUGUAUUUGGCCUCGCUGAUCCGUUCCGUGGUCGCCUUGCACAACCUCAUCAACAACAAGAUCGCCAACCGGGAUGCAGAGAAGAAAGAAGGGCAGGAAAAAGAAGACAGCAAAAAGGAUAGAAAAGAUGACAAAGAGAAAGAUAAGGAAAAGAGUGAUGUAAAGAAAGAAGAGAAAAAGGAGAAAAAAUAAAACAUGUAGCUUUUUAAUUUGUAAAUUAAAGUCUUACAAACUAACUCAUUGUGCCGCCAGAGGGUUCUUUUCACUUUAAGUGCAAAAGCUGUAUUGAUGAGAGCUCUCUGGAUAGAGGGACUAAUCUUGUACCUGAACUGCAGCUUAGGCUGCUCUGAGUUGGGAAUGUGAUAGCUCAGGCUUCAGACUGUGUGAGAAAAGUGAAGAGACAUAAACGUAACAUUUUUGGUACUCUUCCUGCUUUCAUCUGUAAGACCAGGAGUUGAAUUUUCCCCAUCUCAAGAGACUCUUGGGGUCUGUUUCUGGCAGUCUGCAAAAUUGCAGAAUGGAAUGCACGAAUUCCAUAAGUAUUCUGCCUCAGAACACCUUGAGGUCUGCCCCUCUGGACUCUGUUGAGAAUACCACCCCACGGGACUUCCUGGACCCGUAGCUCUGGCAUUCUCGGGGCUUGGGAUCCAUCUCAAGAUAUUGUUUACCUUCGAAGACACAAUUAAAUGGCUUGGUUUUUAA